AUGAGACUAAGCCAUACCUACACCUGGGCAGAAGAUGGAAGCCUUUGGUUCUAUGCACCAAACAAAGGUGCUCCCAUUGCGUUCGCCAUUUUAUUUGCGCUUUCUGGGGCAAUCCAUUUCUACCAAACCAUGAGAUACAAGUCCUGGAAAGUGACAGGUCUCUUACCUUGGUCAGCACUCCUAUUCACUGGAGGAUUUAUUACUCGGGCGGUCGCGUCAUUCGGACAAUGGGGCAAUGUCAAUCUUUAUAUAGCGAGCAGUGUUUUACUGCUUGCCGGUCCACCUGUUUAUGAAGGUGCAAACUACUUCAUUUUAGGACGAAUUCUCUAUUAUAUUCCACAACACUCGCCUAUGCACCCUGGGCGUGUAUUUUCAACCUUUAUCGCCCUUGGAAUUGUGAUCGAAGCCAUCACCGCCAACGGCGCAGUCCAACUUGCGAAGGCCAACUCUACAUCUAGCCAACAAGAUGUUGGAAAGGCACUACUCAAGGCAGCUUUGAUCCUGCAACUGGCCUUGAUGGCAGCGUUUGUUGCCCUAGCUUCUCGAUUUCAUUUUAACUGCAAACGAGCAGGGGUAAUGAAUCACAAGGUUAAGCGCUGCCUGGUUGUUUUGUAUAUCAGUUGUACGUUGAUUACGAUACGAACAAUCUACCGCACAGUAGAAUACUUUAGCGCAGCGAGUUUGAACAACUACACCGACAUACAGCAUAUCAGCCCUGUCUUGAAGCCAGAGUGGUUCUUCUGGUUCUUUGAGACGGUGUUCAUGUACAGCAAUACCACUCUGCUCAACGUGUUCCACCCGAUGCAAAAGCUUCCUCGUUCAAAUAAGAUAUAUCUGGCCGAUGAUGGAGUGACAGAGAUUGAAGGCCCAGGGUAUGACGAUCCCCGUCAUUUUAUUCAGACUUUCAUCGAUCCAUUCGAUGUCUAUGGGCUUAUCAUGAGACGCGGCAAGCAGCAUAGAUACUGGGAGACGAAGGUGGGACAGCGGAAAGCUGAUUCUAGCGAUGUUACCCAGCAAGCUUAG